ACAAUAUGCAUUUUGCAACGACGCCUCUAUGCAUAUCACUCCGCACUGAUAUUGGGAGAUGGGGGGUAAAAUAGGGUAAAGGGUGUCUCGGCCAUAUGCUUUUUUCGGAGUUAUCCUUUGGGAUUAUUUGGUAGCUCUCAAAUACCCCCCUAGCUACCUAGGUAGGUACCUAUAUAUUGCCCUUGUUGAGCUGCUUUCUUUGUCGUGCUUGUGUUACGGUAUGUCGAGAACCAAUGUAUCAUAAGUUACGUCCCUUGCUUGAAUCCCAGUCGAAAUAAAGGAGAGACGACCAGAACAGUCUGCACUUUAACCCCGAAUAAAUCAUAGGCUUGAUAUAUCGUCAAUUAAGACGAAGCAAUGGGGCUCUCAGAGGCGGCGAUUGGUGAGUUGCGCUCUAUCGUAGAGCAGACGAUCGCCAUUAGCGGCGCGUCAACCGCCUCCCAACUUCCAGGGACGGUCGUCGUCGUCGUGGACAAGCAGGGCAACGAGCUGUUCGCCCACGCCGCCGGCAAGCGAGGCAUCAUGUCCAAGGAACCUAUGACGCUCGACAGCGUGUUUUACCUGGCGAGCUGCACGAAGCUCGUCGCGGGGAUUGCCUGCAUGCAGCUGGUCGAGAAGGGCGAGCUCCGGCUGGACGACGCCGCGCAGGUCGAGGAACUGUGUCCGGAGCUGAGGGACAUCAAGGUUCUCAAGGACGACGGGACCUUCGAGGAGAAGAAGCACGGGAUCACUCUCAAGAUGCUGCUGACUCACACCGCGGGCUUCUGCUACUCGUUCUUCGACGAGACGUUGAGGGAUUGGAGCCAUCCCAUCGGUAUCGACGAAUUCUCCGGCGAUAUCAAGGAUAUGCUGAAGGUACCGCUGCGGUUCCAGCCAGGAACGAAAUGGAAUUACGGAAUCGGCAUCGACUGGGCCGGAAUAGUCUUGCAGAGGAAGACCGGGUUGAGCCUGAACGAGUACAUCCAAAAGAACAUAUGCGAGCCGCUCGGGCUGAAGAACGUCAACAUGAUCCCGACGCAGUCGAUGAAAGACAACUUGGCGUACAUGCACCAGAGGCUACACGACGGCAAGCUCAUUCCCCGAGACCAUCUGCUCCGCCGACCCCUGGUCGUCGAGACGCCCGCCGAGAUCGCCGACACGUUCAACAGCGGCGGAGCCGGGCUCUUCGCUAAGCCGCAGGAAUACGCCCGCAUCCUCGCAACGCUCCUCAACGACGGCACAUGCCCGCAGACCAGCGCGCAGAUCCUCUCCCAACGCACCGUCGAGCAGAUGUUCACGAACCAGAUCCCGCAGUUCCCAGACUUCGGGCGGCAGGGUCUCGGGGCGGCGAAGCCGGACCUGACACGCGCGGCGGCGGAGCUGUACCCGGUGCCGGGCCGGCCGCCGCCGGCGCAGGGCUGGGGGCUGACUUUCAUGCUGAGCGGGGCGAGCGCGGCGACGGGGCGCUCAGCGCGGACGGGCCACUGGGCGGGCCUGCCGAACCUGUACUGGUGGGCGGACCGCGGGCGCGGCGUCGCGGGCUUCGUGUGCGCGCAGAUCAUGCCCGCGUUCGAUCCCGCGGUCGUGGGGCUGUGGGGCGCCGUCGAGGCUACUGUGAAUAAGCAUCUGAAGCUCGCUGAGGCGUAGGGGCCUAUGUACCUAGGUACCUAAUGUAAGUGGAAGUGGAAGAAGAAGAAAGAAUAAUAAAUACACUAGCCCUUCGGAAGGUUCUUUGGCCCUAUGGUGCGUGCUGGUUAGGUUAGGUUAGAUUAGGUAGGUCAUAGGAACUGGAUAGAAAGAAUGAGGAGGGGAGGGGGAAGGGGGGAAGAGAUAGUAAAAUAAAGCUAACUGCAACUGCUCGUUCUAUAUGAUAAAGAGGGGGCGGUUAUGCUUAGUGACUGCACUAAAACCAUUAGUUUUACGAGUUGCCUUUUUUUAAUAGAUUCUUUCCUUCAAGGUCGAAAUGGAAUACCGAUUUACACACGAAUUUGUUAGUGCCUAUCGUAGUCUUCAUACAUUUAUCGGAGUAGCAUUUCUACCUAGAGGUAGGUAUGUACAGAGUUGGUAGAGACGU